GCUAGCAUGGAAGAGGUUAGACUGUACUACCUAGGUACUGCCAGCCCCUGCUCGACCCCCUGCAAUCGUCUGCCCAGAGUCUGGCUCUGCAAUGAGAUCCCCAGAUGACCCCCUGAAGCGCCCCUCUAAUCAGGUACCCGCCGACCAAGGCACAUUUAAUUGUCGAUAGCAAAAACGCCCAGAGCUCGAUUGCAUAAAAUGUUGCUCGCGUCCCCUUUUAUCUUCGAGUCGAGCACCGCCAGCAACCAUCUCUCUCUCUCCCUCUCCCCUUGAUCAACGAUAUCCUUAUACCCUCUUGCCAAUUGGCCAUUCAAACUGUCAUCGAGCCUUUCAUUACGUCCUAAAGCCCCUAUUUGCGACCGCCGUUAUUCCAACACCAUGGCCUCCAAAGCCCGUCUCGAGAAGCAGGACAGAGCCCGUGAUGCUGCCUUUAACACGGCCAUGCACGGCGACUCUGCCGCUGCUGCUGGCGGUGUGCGCGCCAUGUUCGCCAAGGGCCGCGAAGCCAAGCAAGCUGCCGUUGACGAGUACUUCAAGCACUGGGACAAUAAGGCCGCUGAGACUGAGACGGAAGAGACUCGUGCUGCCCGCAAUGCCGAGUACGCUACGUUGACGAGACAAUACUACAACCUCGCUACUGACCUGUACGAGUAUGGCUGGGGCCAAAGCUUCCACUUCUGCAGGUAUUCGAUCGGAGAGAACUUCUACCAAGCCAUUGCCCGACACGAGCACUACCUAGCACACCAGAUUGGCAUUAAAGAGGGCAUGAAGGUGCUUGAUGUCGGCUGCGGUGUCGGCGGCCCAGCCCGCGAGAUUGCCAAAUUCACUGGUGCUCACAUCACCGGACUCAACAACAACGACUACCAGAUCCAGCGUGCCACCCACUACGCUAAGAAGGAGGGCUUGUCCCACCAGCUGGCCUUCGUCAAGGGAGACUUCAUGCAAAUGGACUUCCCUGAUAAUAGCUUCGACGCCGUCUAUGCGAUCGAGGCCACCGUGCAUGCCCCCAAGUUAGCAGGUGUAUAUAGUGAAAUCUUCCGUGUACUCAAGCCCGGCGGUGUAUUCGGUGUGUAUGAGUGGUUGAUGACGGACGACUACGAUAACGACAACAUCGAGCACCGCAAGAUUCGCCUCGGUAUUGAGCAGGGUGAUGGUAUCGCGAACAUGGUCAAGAUCUCGGAGGGGAUAGAGGCGAUGAAAAUUGCCGGUUUUGACCUCCUCCACCAUGAAGAUCUUGCUGACCGGCCCGACCCCAUUCCCUGGUACUGGCCUCUUGCCGGCCGAUGGAAGUACAUGCAGUCCAUGUUCGACGCAUUCACAAUCGCGCGAAUGACGUGGUGGGGUCGUUUCCUCGCGCACAACUUCGCCGGUCUUUUGGAGACGGCUAAGCUUGCGCCAACCGGUACCAAGAAGACGGCCGAAAGUCUCGGCGAGGCGGCCGAUUGCCUGGUUGCGGGUGCCGAGAAGCACCUCUUCACACCCAUGUACCUGAUGGUCGGGAAGAAGCCAGAGCAAUGAGACAAGUAGUGAUGACGAUAAUGACCGGACAAGAAAAAAAGGGGGGCUAGCAUAUUAGACAUGUUCGCCGGCGCGAUUGGGCAUAGCGACCGGCUUCGAUAUACGUAAUAAUACCUAAUGGUCAGGGAAGAGCAAGAGAGAGAGCAACGGACGAGACGAGACGCAAGGCGAGGUGCAGCGCCCGUCAAGAUAGACAGAAGGAUAGAGAGAGUGAAGACCUGGGCUUGCGGGGCUACGUUAUACCUUGGACCGUUGCUACGUCGACAUGCCGGUAGAUGCCUACUGUUCAAUACCUAGAAGUAGAAUUUGAGCGCUGUAUAUAAUAGAAGCUGCAAUUCGGGCCGAUAACAGGCAGAGCACAAUCCAUAUGGGAAGUAAUCUGAGUGAAAGGUCCGUAUCAGAAAUGGAAGGCGGUAUGGUAUGUAUAUAUGACGUUCCAUCCUUCGGUUAUGGUGUUGAUUGGAUUGUAAUCGACUUCUAGAUUACUUCAGUACAUAGAUAAUAUCACAAAAGUCACAUGAUGGG